GGAUGGUUGGUGUGCCGGCUGAACGCCUCACCAGUGUUACCACCAGUGUCAAUUGUAUAAAGUUGGAAAAGUAAUUCCGUGAAUACGUGUGAACAUGCAUUCCCUUGCCUUUUCAUCUUUCAUCUAAUGUCGUCUUCUCUCAUCCUGCUCACACAAGCCUUCGCGGCCCUUGCUGCGACGACGCGGACAUGUUAUCACAUAACCGGCGAGCCUGCGCGACAUAGUCCCGGACGUCCCAAAUACAUGCCCUGCGAUCCCGAUGCCGAGGUUAGCAACUGCUGUUCCGAGAUAGAUCUGUGCAUGGGCAACGGUAUUUGUCUCGGUUUCAACGCGUACAACGGAUACACCUUCCAGGCCUGUACACAUCCAGACUGGCCAGAGGCGUGCAGCCACGGAUUCAAGUGGCCUAACACGAUACCUUCAGGUUUCUAUGCCCUCGUGUGGCAAUGCAGAUACGGCUACAACUCGCCGUAUUGCGUAGGUGAGAAUGCAUCGUGUUGCGAGGAUGAAGAUGGAUGGGUGUAUCUCCCCCGAUUCUCUAAUAUUCACUUUGCCGGAAAUUCGGAUUACGUGAUUCGAGCCAGUGGCGGCAAUGGUAUUAUUGAAGGGUCCGAUGUCUCUGAUAGAAUUGCCUUGGGAGUUGGAAUUAGUAUACCUAUUGUUGCUAUCUUGGUCGCCAUCGGCCAGUGGUGGUUUCCUGGCGCGCGACUGUGGAUUUGGAAGAAACGGAAGGGCCCUGAGAAGCUCAAGAAGGGUGAUGACGACGACGAUGAUGAUGAUGAUAAGAGCUGGCCGAGUGAAGAUGCAAAGCGAUUCUGGUUUUGGAAGAAGAGGAAAAGAAAGGAUCGUGAGAAACGCAAAAGGGAUGAUGACGGGAGCAGGCUCCUCGAAGAGGGUGGUAUAACUCUCUCAUCGGAAGGGUCGUCAGGGCUGGAGAUGUCUACCGCAGGGGAUAUUGGGGAGAGGCAGCUCUGGUAUAAGGAUGAUCCCCAGGCACCUGGUUCGGAGCAAUCCUCUAGCACGAAGAUCAUCAGAUGAUGGGUUUCAUUUGUGAGACGACAUUUCAGCGGAGAGUAUUGGCACGGAGCAACUUGCGACGGUGAAUUGCUCCCAGUGGGCUCUCCAGAUCGUGCUUGGGAACUGGUUGUGUUAGUUUCUAGGGUGCAGCGGCCGUGCAUCCACGGCAAUCCAGAUCAUAAACUGAACGAAUGCGACAGCCAGAUUUCCCCGUCAGGAGCCGACAUGUUAUGAGAGGCUUGGUG